AGAACGCCGCCGUUAACCACCUCCAAAUCGCCGAUCUCCCCUCCUCUUCCUCUUCUUGCCCUCGUGCUAUUCUGAAACCCUAACCGAUCCCCGCGUUCCCCCCUCCCAACAAUUCUAUCCUAUUUCCUCGUUUUGCCUCUCGGGCACUCUGGUUCGCCCCCCUGGUCCCGUUUCUUGAUCCCGUCUUCGCGUGGCAUUGGCGCCGGCGUGGUCGUAGGCCGACGGAGACCUCGAAUUUGGAUCGGACGGGCGGAGCCACGGCCGCCGGUGGCGGCGCCGGCGGAUGGCGCUCUUCAGGAGGCUCUUCUACCGGAAGCCGCCCGAUCGGCUUCUGGAAAUUACCGAGAGGGUCUACGUGUUUGAUUGUUGCUUUUCUUCGGAUAUUAUGGAAGAAGAUGAUUACAGGAAGUACAUGGAUGACAUUGUUACUCAACUUCAUGAGCAUUUCCCUGAUGCUUCAUUUUUGGUAAUCAACUUCAAGGGUGAAGUCGAGAGCAAAAUUUCAGAUAUCUUGGCCCAAUAUGGCAUCACUGUCAGGGGGUACCCUCGCCAUUAUGAAGGGUGUCCAGUGCUUCCUUUGGAGAUAAUUCACCACUUCUUGAGGUUAUGUGAGAACUGGCUAACUUUGGAAAGGCAGCAAAAUGUCUUGCUAAUGCAUUGUGAGAGAGGAGGAUGGCCUAUUCUUGCAUUUAUGCUUGCAAGUCUUCUGCUUUACAGGAAACAUUACAGCGGGGAACAAAGGACUCUGGAAAUGGUGUAUAAGCAGGCUCCGAAGGAGCUCCUUCAGAUUUUGUGUCCAUUGAACCCACAAUCUUCGCAUCUUAGAUAUCUCCAAUACAUAACUAGAAUAGGCAGUGAGACAUGGCCUCCGCAGGAUACUCCUUUCACAUUGGAUUGCCUAAUUCUGAGAGUUAUUCCGAAUAUUGAUGGAGAAGGGGGUUGCAGGCCUAUAGUACGUGUCUAUGGUCAAGACCCUCUGUUCCCAGCUGACAGGAGUUCUAAGGUUCUUUUCUCGACAGCAAAGACAAAGAAACAUGUUCAGCAUUUCAGACAGGCCGAGGAUGCACCAAUAAAAUUAAAUGUCCGCUGCUGUGUUCAAGGUGAUCUGGUCCUUGAAUGCAUCAAUGUGGAUGAGUAUCUGGAAGAUGAGGAGCUAAUGUUCAGGGUAAUGUUCAACACGGCCUUUAUCCAGUCUCAUAUUUUGCUGUUGAAUCCUGAGGAUAUAGACAUUCCUUGGGAAGCUGAAGACCACUUCUCGAAGGACUUCAAAGCAGAGGUACUCUUUUCAGAGUUUGAUGCUGAGUCUGAUACUUCCACGGGAACAGGAGCAACGGAUGAGGUUGAGAUGGAAGUUGGCUCAACAGAGGAGUUCUUCGAGGCAGAAGAGAUCUUCAGCAGCCCUGACUGGCAUGAUGGACAGAAGGAUCUCGAUAUUCAGACAGCUGUAUUUUCAAACACACUAGAAACUUUCAGUCCAAGAUCUGAAAUGUCAAAUCCUGAAGCUGAUGGAAGGAGCCAGUUAGAAUCUUUUUAUUCUGAACAAGUGACUCUUGUGGAUGAAGAAACUCUGGUUCUAGAUGCACUUACAGGGGUAAGCAUGGACUUAGACCAUGCUGAUCAUGAAAAUAACCCUGGUGUAAAGGCAUUGAACACUCUGGAUGAUAUGUUUAAUGAAGCAAAGAGCACGACUUUGGCAGGUGAAGAGAGUACAUCAGACAACUCCAAACAGGAUACUACUGACAACAUUAGUCUAGCAGUUGAAGAGAUAACCUCAUCAGCGAGUAGCAGUUUUGAACAGGAUAGAGUAUGGCAAAGGGCAAUAUUGACUUCAGAUCAUGUGGCUCAUGAAUUAGGGGUCUCAUUUUUGGCAGAUGACCAAAUGAGCAGCCGAAGUGUUAGAGAUUCCAUAGAGGAUACAGGGAAUAAUUCAGAUGAAGUUAGAUGCAAAGUAGAAAUGUGUGAUGUCACAGAUAAUACAAGAAACUUUGCCACUGAAAAUAGGACAGAUUCUGGGUUAGCAUAUCAGAGGUUGGAUUCUGAUAUUGAAGUCCAGAAUUCUGAGAAGCUCAAGCAUCAUAUGUCAAAUGAAGCACUUACAGUCGACAUUGGACAAUCUCCUUUCUCAGUUUUAUACAAAGAGAAGGAUGAAAAGCCAGAGCCAUUAGGCAAUUCCAUAGAAUUAUUAAACAAAAGGACAAUAUCUCAGUCAUUCCAUCCAAGCCGAGGCAUCGAUGCGAUUUUGGUGGAUGCAUCAUCUCAACCUGAAAUUCAAUUUGCAGGAAAAACUGUAAGUACAUCCAGAGUUACUGCUACAAGUAUGACAAUAACUGGUUCGUCUCCAGCAGAACCAUUGUCACCACCUUCAACUGAGGCACUUCUUGAGGCAUCAUCUACUCCAUGUACAGGUCCUCUUUUUGUUUCAAUACAACCAUCCAACUCACCCACUCUUUCGGUUGCUUCACCUCUUUCAUCCACACCUCCACCUCCACCUCUGCCUCCACCUCCAUCUUCACCACAUAUAUAUUCACGAAUUAGGAGAAAAGUCCCUCCCCAUCCAUCAUUGCUUGCCUCCUAUGGAGCCUUGUCAUUUGCUCUAUCUCGACCUUUACAAAUACAUGAUGUAUUCCAAAAUCCUGACCAACAUCUUGAACCUCAAAUGAUAUGUGAUUCUGUUGCCAUAAGUGCUACUUCAUCUUCACAUUUACCUCACCAACCUCCAUCCAUGCAACUAGACUCUUUGUCGUUGCCUCCUUUGUUACCUUCUCAAGGCCAAUCACUCCCUUCACCUCAUCAUCUGUCUCAUUCAUCGCCACCUACAGCUAUAAUACCAUCCUCCAACUAUCCCCUAGAACUUUCCCCUCCCCUUGCUUCAAGUACUCUUUUUCCACCAUCCCCUCAUUCUAGUAACACCAUAUAUGACCCUUCACAUCUCUCAUCAACAGAGCCUGAAAGUGGAUUAAACAAAAUCUCUGAUCCUUCUCCCCCUACCUCACUUCCUUCCUCAUCUCCUCCUGGACAAAAUGUUGACAUAUUCAUUUCUCCUCUGUCAAAUUUAUCCACAAAAAAUGAUCCAUUUGAUCCACCACCAGUAGCUGCUUCACCACCACCAAAUACAAUUUGGCAUAACAUACCAAUGUUUGCUAACAUUACACUGUCUGAUCCACCUUUUACUCAUGGAGGUGCCUCACCAACAUGUUCACUCCAUGAUGCAAGCAAGGAAGUUCUAGCAGCAUCACAAGAUUUUGCAUCAUAUUCAUGUUCUCUACAACUAUCACCAUCUAAGGCUAUAUGUAAAGGCGUUCCACCUCCAUCUCCACCUCCUCCCCCUCAUCCGACAACUCCACCUAGACCUCAACAUCCACCUCCUCCACCACCUCCAUUAGGCCUCCCUGAACCACAUACAAGAGCAACACCUCUAACUUUAUCCCCACCUCCACCUCCAACAAAUUCCCACAGAGCACAUAUAAGAGUUCCUCCUCCACCUCCACCUCCAUUGCUCCCUCCAACUCUAAGAGAUCUCCCUAAAGGACAUAUAAGAUCUCCAUCAUCCUCUUAUCUGGAAGUUGACAAAAGCUCAUUGAUUUUACCAACAUCUCUACCUCCUCAAGCAGAUGAACAUGGAAUUGCUCCAAAUCCAAAACCAUUCACUAUAGUACAUGAAACAACCACACCUGCAACCUCUUCUCCCAUGGAACAUAUAAUGUCUCCUCCACCACCUCAGGGAGCCUCACUUCGAUUGCCAUUAAUUGGAGAAAAUGGGAAGGCUCCACCGCCACCAUCUUUUCUUGAAAAUUUUGGGCAAUCUCCACAUCCACCAUCUCUUCCUGGAAGUUAUGAACGACCUCCACCUCCGCCACCUCCACCACCUCCCCUUCGAUGUUGUGGAGGAGCAUCUUUGCCACCUUUACUUGGAGAUACUAGUGAAGCACCAUCUUCACUAUCAUUCGUUGGAGCAUUCGAGAAAGCUCAAAGCCCACCACUUCACCCAAAAGAUCAUAUGCAAGAUCCACCUCCAGAACCACCCCCUCCACCGCCUCCCCCAGGAGGAGGUCUAUUUGCUCCUUCACCUCUAUUGCUUCACCUUAAAGGAGGUCUGGGAGGCAUAUCCAUUCCUCUACUUUCGGCACCUCAUCUUGGAGGACACCAUGUAGGUGUACCUAUUCCACCUCCACCACCUCCCCUUAGAGAUGUGAUCUCUCCACCUUUACUAUCACACCAUAGAGUUGUAUAUGCUCCUCUAUCUACCCGCGGAGGUGUAUCAACUGAUUUGUCUUCUCCCAUGGUUCAGAGAGGUGUAUCAGCUCCUCCACCUUCGUCGUCUCCCUCUGGAGGUGUAUCUUGUCCUCCACCUCCACCCCCACUUCCAAGUCCACCUCCUAGUGAUGUAUUCAUUUCACCUUCACAGCCUCCUUCUAGAGUUGUAUCUAUUUCUCCACUAUCGUCGCCUCCCUUUGGAGUUGUACAUGCUCAUCCUCCGCCCCCUCCACCCCAUCCACCGCCUUUGGCCCCACCUCCACCACAUUCAAUCCCACCUCCUAUUGAUGUAUUUAUUUCACCUCCGCAGCCCCCUUCUCAAUUUGUAUCUAUUCCAUCGCUGUCGCCUUCCACUGGAGUUGUACAUGCUCAUCCUCCACCACUUUCACCUCCACCGCCUCCAUCUGGAGUUGUAGUUGCUCAUCCUCCACCACCUCCACCUCUGCCGCCUCCCUUCAGAGUUCUAGUUGCUCAUGUUCCACCACCGCCACCUCUAUCGCCUCCCUUUGGAGUUAUAGUUGCUCAUCCUCCACCACCUUCACCUCCAACUCCACCACCUCCACCUCUACCUCCACCUCCACCUCCAUUGCCAUCCUUUGGAGUUGUAUCUCCUCUGUCGCCAUCCUCUGGAGUUGUAUCUCCUCCUUCACCGUGGCCUCCCCUUGGAGGAGCCAUGUCUACUCCUCCGCUGCCACCGCCUCCUCCUAAAGGAGUUGUGUUUGCUCCUCCUAUGUCGCCUCCCUCUAGAGCAAGUGUAUCCACUCCUCCGCUGCCUCCCCUUGGAAGUGUAUCCACUCCUCCACCUUCACUGCCUCCUCUCGGAGGAGAUGUAUCUACACCUCCACCUCCACCUCCGCCUCCACCUCCAUCGCCUUCCCUUGGAGCAAAUGUAUGUACCCCUCCACCUCCACCUCCACCUCCGCCAUCAUUGUCUCCUUCUGAAGGAGGUGUAUUUGCUCCACCUACAACACCUCCUCCUAGAGGAGGUGUAUUCGCACCACCACCUCCACCGCCUCCCAUUGGAGGAGGUGUAUUUGCACCACCCCCUCCACCGCCUCCCCUUGGAGAAGGUGUAGUCACAUCGCCACCUCCACCACCUCCCCCUGGAGGAGGUGUAGUCACACCGCCACCUCCAUCGCCUCUCGUUGGAGGAGGUGUAGUCGCGCCGCCACCUCCACCGCCUCCCCUUGGAGGGGGCGUAUUUGUGCAACCACCACCUCCUCCGCCUACCCCUGGAGGAGGUGUAUUCGUGACACCACCUCCACCGCCUCCCCCAGGAGGAGGUGUAUUUGCUCCACCUACACUUCCUCCCCCCGGAGGAGGUGGGCAAGCUCCACCUCCACCGCCUCCCCCUGGAGGUGUAUUUGCUCCACCUCCGCCACCUCUCCCCGGAGGCUGUGGGCAAGCUCCACCUCCUCCACCUCCUCCUGGAGGAGUUGUGUCUACUCCUCCACCUCCACCUAGGGCUCCUGGUGCUCCACCCCCACCAAGGGCUCCAGGUGCUCCACCUCCACCUGGGGCUCCAGGUGCUCCUCCGCCUCCUCAAGCUGGCAUAAGAGGCUUACCUCCAAAUUCCAUGGUUGGGGGAAGGGGAAACAUGCUUGCACGUCCUGGAGGACCAGGUAUGUCAGCAGCCCGAAGGUCACCAUUUAAGCCAUUGCAUUGGGUGAAAGUAUCAAGAGCCAUGCAAGGAAGCUUAUGGGCCGAGUUACAGAAACAUGCUGAUGCUCACAGCACUUCAGAAUUUGAUGUGUCAGAACUUGAAAGUCUCUUCUCUGCAGUAGUUCCAAAGUCAAAGGAUAGCUCAAAAUCUGACGGCCGACAAAAAUCUGCUGGAUCUAAAUCUGAUAAAGUUCACCUGAUCGAACUAAGGCGAGCCAAUAAUACUGAAAUCAUGCUGACAAAAAUCAAGAUGCCACUGUCUGAUAUGAUGAGUGCUGUUCUUGCGUUGGAUGAUUCACUUCUUGAUGCUGAUCAAGUAGAAAACUUGAUAAAGUUUUGUCCCACCAAAGAGGAAAUGGAACUUCUUAAGGCCUACAGUGGCAACAAGGAAAACCUUGGGAAAUGUGAGCAGUUCUUUUUGGAGUUGAUGAAAGUACCACGGGUUGAAUCCAAACUACGGGUAUUUGCAUUCAAGAUUCAGUUCAACUCACAGAUUUCAGAUAUUAGAAAGAUUUUGCACACUGUAGAUUCUGCUUGUGAAGAGGUCCGGGGCUCUGAGAAAUUAAAGGAAAUAAUGAAGAAGAUUCUGCAUCUUGGAAAUACACUAAACCAGGGAACUGCAAGAGGUUCUGCUGUUGGUUUUCGUUUGGAUAGCCUUCUUAAACUUUCAGAUACCCGUGCGACUAAUAACAGGAUGACCUUGAUGCAUUACUUAUGUAAGUUUCAGGUCCUUGCUGAGAAGUCAGCACAUCUUUUGGACUUUCAUGAGGAUCUUGUCAGUUUGGAAGCUGCAUCAAAGAUACAACUGAAGUCAAUGGCUGAAGAGCAGCAAGCCAUCGUCAAAGGGUUAGAGAAGGUUGAAUUGGAACUAACUGCUUCAGAAAGUGAUGGUCCAGUAUCAGAAAUCUUUUGCAAAACUUUGAAGGAGUUCACUGCUGUUUCUGGUGCAGAAGUGCGAUCCUUGACAUCACUUUAUAAUGCAGUCGGUAAAAAUGCAGAUUCACUUGCAAUGUAUUUUGGUGAAGAUCCUGCACGCUGCCCGUUUGAACAAGUGGUCUCUACUAUUCUUAAUUUUGUGCGGAUAUUCCGAAAGGCACACGAUGAGAACCGCAAGCAGGCCGAACUUGAGAAGAAGAAAGCCCAGAAAGAGGCCGAAACAGAGAAGUCCAAAGAGGCAAACAUAGCAAAAAAUGUUUCUAGAUGACAUCUAGUUUGCCUGCCCUUGCAUGACUUAUCACCUUGUGCUUGGGAUACAUGCUGUUUUGGCCAGCAACCAAGCAUUUGUGCAGAUAACUUGCGCAACUGCUUCAGAAUUUGCACCACUCUUGUACGAGGAAACUGAAUUGCACCGCACCUACGGGGAAACAAAGUGGUAUGUCUCAGGCAAUGGCCAAUUAAUUGUUUGGCAUUAUGGCUAAUGGAGCCUCAAAUUUUGUAUCCGUAACCUUUGUACAGAGGUAACCCGACAGCUCACAUGAUUCUUUUUGUACAGUUCCUAUUAGAUUUUCUUUUUUAAACUUAGGUAGAUAUGAGAGUAGAUCAGAAACUGUUGUACAAUGAGGAUGAAAGAGAAGCAAAAUACGAAAAAUUGUAGCUCUCUUGAAGUAGGUCACAGGAAUAAAUAUUCUUUUUUUCUGUACUCUUACGAGAAAUUUUGUAAUUUAAAUCAUUUUUGAAGAAUCAA